AUGCACACGGCACACCUCGCAGGAACAACGUACAGCGGAGCAUCGUACUGCAUUCUCGAGCCGGGCAAGAAGCCGCGCAUCGAGGACUGCCGCGCAUACCCAGGGCAGGCCAUGCUGAUGUCUGUCGCGCGCUCAGCAAAGGUGCCGUCGGUCGUGACAUACGACGCCGCGGGCAAUGCGCGCUUCUUUGGUGCCGAGGCAGAGGGGCCAGACGCAGAUCUCGUGCUCGACGAGGGCGGCGCGCAGAUUCGCUGGUGGAAGCUGCAUCUCAAGCCGGCACAUCUGCACGUCAUUCUCGCAGGCGACUCCAACGAGAGCACGGACCAGCUGGAUCUCGACCCCCUGCCCGAGGGUGUUACGCCCGAGCAGGUCUGCAGUGCCUUUCUGGCGUACAUCAUCCGCUGUGUCGGCGCAUAUAUCUUCUCGCGCCUGCACAACGGUGCAGAGGUGCUGCAGACGCUGGGACAGAACACGUCGUACAUCAUCACGACGCCGUGUGGCUGGGAGCUGGCGCAGCAGCAGGUGCUGCGGCAGGCGUGCAUCAACGCACAGCUCAUCCCGCCGGAGCGCAGCGAUGCGAUUCGCUUCGUCACCGAGGCCGAGGCGUCGAUCAACUACUGUGCCAUGUCGGCCGCCGGCGACUGGCUGGACCGGCCCGGCUCGCAUCUCAUCGUCCUCGAUGCGGGCGGCGGAACGAUUGAUAUUACAACAUACGAGGUCACGAGCGUGUGGCCCGCGAUAGAGUGCCGCGAGGUGGGCGUGAGCGAUUGCAUCAUCGGCGGCAGCGCCACGGUGGAUCACCGCGCCAUGCUCCUGAUCCAGGACCGGCUGAGGGGCACGCGCUGGGACAAUUUUGAGGACCUGCGGCACCUGCGCCAGGCCUUCUCGGAGGGCAUCAAGCAAUCCUUUGCGCGCGCCGACGUCGAGCAGAUCCUGCUGCCGAUUGGCUCGUCGUCGGAGUCCGACGCCAACAUUGGGCUGCGGCGUGGCAAGCUCAUCUUCACGGGCAAGGAGAUUGCCGAUCUGUUCGAGCCGAGCAUCAAGGCAACGGUUGAGUCGAUCGAGCGGCGGGUGGCGCAGUGCGGCGGCGCCGGCAACGGGCCAAUCACCGUCGCGGCUGUCGGCGGCUUCAGCGAGAGCGAGUACUACCGCAACGAGGUGCAGCGCCGUCUGGGGCCGAGCGUGCAGCUCACAAAGCCCGACGAGAGCACUGCCAAGGCCGUCGCUUCGGGCUCGCUGGUGUGGCUCAUCGACGGCGUCGUCUCCUCGCGUGUCUCGCGCCUCGACUACGGCAUCAAGUGCGCCACGGUGUACAAGCCCGAGAAGGCGGCACACGCGGCGCGGCGCGCACAGGUGUACAGCGGCGUCGAUGGCACACAGCACUUGUCGGGUGCCUUUGGCUGCGUGCUGCGCAAGGGCACGAGCGGCAGGGACGACGAGGAGCACAUCUCGCCCUUUGUCCUGACGUGGAUCCAGGGCGUGCCGUGCACAGCCAACAUCUCGCUCUUUGUGUACCGUGGAGAGGAGGAGCAUCCAGAGGUGAGCAGCGCAGAGCCGUUACUGUACCGUCGCUGCAUGGCUGACGCUCGCGCGGCUCAGUUUGUCGACGAGGCGGGCUUCGAGCAGCUUGCGACGUUCAUCAUCGAGUGCGUGGCGCAGAGAGGCGCACGCUCUGCCUCUUCGCGUGCUGACACCUGCACACCCAGCAUGGAGCCGUUCCGCCCCUUGCUCAAGCUGUGCAAGUCGAGCGACGGCGGCGAGUACAUCCGCGCCGGUGCGUAUGCUGCGUUCCUGCUGCUGUGCCCUCGCCUCGGCUGA